AUGAAGCUCAUCAUCUUAUCAGGAUUAACUAUUCUUUUGCAUGUUUUUGCUUCUGAGGCUAGACUACAAGCCUGCAAAGCAAGUGGUGAAAUACAAGCCAAAGGCCCCCAACCAGGAUUGUGCAACCAGGUGAACACCACAGAUUGUUGCGUCCAGGGCAGAUUCUACCCUCUUUACAAAUGCUCCCCUCCAGUUUCAAAAACCACCGCGGCAGUGCUUAUGCUAAACAGCUUUGAGAAAGGCGGGGAUGGAUCGUCGCCAUCAGAAUGUGACGGCAAGUACCACUCCGAUGACACGCCAGUGGUUGCAGUCUCGACCGGAUGGUACAGUGGGGGAGGGAGGUGCCACCACAACAUCAGUAUCAGUGGUAAUGGCAGGAGAGUUAAUAAUGUUGUAGUUGUUGAUGAGUGUGACUCGACUAUGGGGUGCGACGAGGAGCACCAUCAUCAGCCUCCUUGCUCUAACAACAUAGUUGUUGCCUCUAAAGCUGUGUGGAAAGCCUUAGGUGUGCCUCUAAAUGAAUGGGGAACCUUGGAUAUAACCUGGUCUGAUGCAUAA